AUAUGUUUUUCAUAACAAAUAAGUAAAUUGAUUGUCAAAAGAGUGACUCAUAAUAACCAUAAUAUCAAUACAACUAUAGAUUUUGUGUAUAAUUUGUGGUCAAUUGAUUGAUGACAUUAUGAGUUUUAAUGACGAAGAAAUUGAGGAACGGCUGCGACGCCUAAAGUCGGACACUUCGCCGCCGACUCAGACCACAGACCAGAAGGCAAUUGAAGAGCGAUUGGCUCGACUUAAAGGGAUUGAUCCAAACCAUUAUACAAUGCCUCCGAUCACUGUCUAUCACCAUCACAAACACAAGACUGACUCAGAAAAAGCUGAUCAAUUGAUGACUCAAUUUUGCGAAGAACUCGCUUUAAACAAGAGAUCGCGCGACUCAUUCGGUAAUAGUAGACGACUGUCCACUGAUGAAGAUAUUGAAAGACGAUUGGCUAAACUUAAGGAUGAAAAUAAUGAAUCACAGAAACAAACAAAUAUGGAAAUAGACGUCGAUUUGGACGACACAGAGAUCGAGAAACGACUCAUUGAUAGACUACUCGCUGAAUGUCGACUUCCAACAGUUCCAACACUACCACUUGAUCCACACAUACUGGAUAUCGACGAAGAAAAUAUUGACGAUAUUGGUAGUGAUAGUCUUCCGUGGUGUCAAAUCUGCAACGAAGACGCUGUCAUUAAAUGUCACGACUGUUCCGGUGAUCUCUAUUGCAAAGAGUGUUUCGUUGAUUUCCACGACGACUCUGACCUCAAGAAACAUAAGACAGAACCCUUUAGAGGCCCUAAAAAUUCACUAAAUCUAUAAAAUAAAUAUCAAAUUCUCACAAAUAAU